UGAGUCGGGCAGUCUGUGUGAGUGUCGGCAAGAGAGAACGCGUCCCUGCCGCACCGCACACAGAACAGACACAGUCUCGACACAUAGAAUAAUGAAGACCUAACGCACACAAGGACGGGAAAUAUACCACAUGUUUUCAUUGCUGGACAUUCUGGUCCCUCCGCUCGCUGUGYUGGUUUGCAUCUUGCACUGAGGAACAUUCAUUCGAGAAAAGAAAACUCUAGGAAGAGGCGAAAUUAGAGUGGGCAGACUGGAAAAGAAGCGUAUCUGUAGACGGAUUAUUUCUCGUAUACUGCUGUCAUUCUGGAUGUAACUCGCGACUAUUCUAAUAGCCUACAACUGGAGAGACCGAGUUCAWAGACUACAUGCAAAUAUGAUGUUAAGGCUGUGAAUAUCCUGCAUCUGAGAAAUCAGACCACUGAGGCUGCCAAAGCAUGCUGGUGCCAAGCUGUCCCAUGAUGCACAUAGCCAGACCCGUGCUGCUCGUCCUGGGUCUUCUCCUCCUCCUCGCCAAUGCCGAAACACCACCAAAGUUUUUAAGAACCCCRAAUGACCAAACAGGCGUGCAAGGAGGCGUGGCGUCCUUCAUUUGCCAAGCGACGGGAGACCCACGCCCCAAGAUCGUUUGGAACAAGAAGGGGAAGAAAGUCAGCAACCAGAGAUUUGAGGUGAUUGAGUUCGAUGACGGCUCUGGCUCGGUGUUGAGAAUUCAGCCCUUGCGUACGCCCCGAGACGAAGCCAUAUACGAGUGCGUCGCCUCCAACACUGUUGGAGAGCUGAGUGCAACUACGAGACUCACUGUUUUACGUGAGGACCAACUGCCUGCUGGUUUCCCCACCAUUGACAUGGGCCCCCAGUUGAAAGUGGUAGAGCGAACUCGCACGGCCACCAUGCUCUGUGCUGCCAGCGGCAACCCUGACCCAGAUAUCUCCUGGUUCAAAGAUUUCCUGCCCGUCAACACCACCAACAACAAUGGACGCAUCAAGCAGCUCAGAUCAGAAUCCUUUGGUGGUACACCAAUAAGAGGGGCCCUCCAGAUUGAGCAGAGCGAAGAGUCCGACCAGGGGAAGUAUGAGUGCGUCGCCACUAACAACGAUGGAACUCGCUAUUCUGCCCCCGCCAAUCUAUACGUUAGAGAGCUGCGAGAAGUGCGCCGGGUACCCCCGCGGUUCUCCAUCCCUCCCACGGACAACGAGAUCAUGCCUGGAGGCAGUGUCAACAUCACCUGUGUGGCGGUGGGCUCCCCUAUGCCCUACGUCAAAUGGAUGCUGGGAGCCGAAGACCUGACGCCCGAGGACGACAUGCCCAUUGGACGAAACGUUUUGGAGCUCACUGACGUCCGCCAGUCGAACAACUAUACCUGCGUGGCCAUGUCCACUCUGGGGGUCAUCGAGGCGGUGGCGCAGAUCACGGUGAAAGCAUUACCCAAGCCUCCCGGUAUUCCCGUGGUGACGGAGCGCACGGCCACGAGCAUCACGCUGACGUGGGACUCAGGCAACCCUGAGCCUGUCUCCUAUUACAUCAUCCAGCACAAGUCCAAGUUCUCAGAGGACACAUACAAGGAGAUCGACGGCGUGGCCACCACUCGCUACAGUGUGGGCGGCCUCAGUCCUUACUCGGACUACGAGUUCCGGGUGCUGGCGGUGAACAACAUCGGGCGUGGGCCGCCCAGCGAGGACAUCGAGGCCAAGACGGCUGAGCAAGCGCCCAGCACGGCGCCCAGGCAGGUCAGGGGUCGUAUGCUCAGCGCCACCACGGCUAUUAUCCACUGGGACGAACCAGAGGAGGCCAACGGGCAAAUUAUGGGCUACCGUGUCUACUACACCAUGGACUCUGCCCAGCAAGUCAACACAUGGGAGAAGCAGAUAGUGCGUGGAUCAAACUUCCUCACCAUUCAGGGCCUCAUCCCCAAUAAGACCUACUACAUUAAGGUCCUGGCCUACACGUCCGUGGGUGAUGGACCUCUCUCUGCAGAUCUCCAGAUCAUAGCCAAGACGGGAGUCCCUUCUCAACCGACCGACUUCAAAGGGGAAGCCAAAUCUGAAACAAGCAUACUACUAUCGUGGAUAGCCCCAGCACAGACCGGACAAGACAAUCAAAUCAUGGGAUAUGAACUUCUGUACAAGAAAGGGGAUGACAAGGAGGAGAAACGCAUCAGCUUUGAGCCUACCACCACGUACCUGCUGAAGGACUUGAAGCCCUUCACUACUUAUACUUUCCAGCUAGCCGCGCGCAGUAAGCACGGUAUCGGGGCCUACACCAAUGAGAUCUCCGCAGAAACCCCUCAAACACAGCCCUCAGCUCCACCUCAGGAUAUCAAGUGCUCUAGCCCCAGCUCCACCAAUAUCCUGGUAAGUUGGCGGCCUCCUCCUACGGAGUUACAGAACGGGAUCAUAGUUAAGUAUGCCGUCCAAUACGCCGCCACUGAAGGGGAGGACACCACCACCCGAAAAAUAUCCGACAUCCCUCCAGAAAGCUCCCAGUACCUCUUGGAAAACUUGGAAAAAUGGACGGAAUACCGUGUGACAGUGACUGCUCACACAGAUGUGGGUGAAGGACCUGAAAGCUUACCACAACUCAUCCGCACAGAGGAGGAUGUUCCCAGCGGCCCGCCUCGUAAAGUCGAGGUGGAGACUGUCAACUCCACGUCAAUAAAAGUCAUCUGGCGCUCGCCGAUGCCCAUCAAGCAGCACGGGCAGAUCCGAGGGUACCAGGUGCACUAUGUCAGGAUGGUUAAUGGGGAGCCCAUGGGACAGCCAGCCAUCAAGGACAUCUUGAUUGACGAUGCGCAGUGGGAAUAUGAUGAUUCAACUGAACAUGAAAUGGUCAUCACAGAGCUACAGGCUGAGACUAUGUACUCAGUUGCCGUGGCAGCCUACACGACAAAGGGAGACGGAGCUCGCAGCAAGGCCAAGCUGAUCACCACCACUGGCGCAGUACCUGACAAACCACGACUCAUGGUCAGCCCCACCAAUAUGGGCACUGCCCUCCUCCAAUGGCACCCCCCGGCUUUAAUCCACGGCCCCCUGCAGGGCUACCGCCUCCGCUUCGGCCGCAAAGAUGUCGACCCUCUGACCAUCAUUGAGUUCCCAGAGCGUGAGAACCACUACACCACCAAAGAGAUCCACAAGGGGGCAUCAUACACCUUCCGCUUGUCCGCCCGUAACAAGGUGGGCUUCGGCGAGGAGACGGUCAAAGAAAUCAGCACCCCUGAAGAUAUGCCUAGCGGCUUCCCACAAAGCAUUGUAGCCGAGGGCGGCACUACCACCACCAUUCAGGUGAGCUGGAAUCCACUGUUACUGGCGGAGCGCAACGGCGUUAUCGCGAAGUAUGCCCUGCAGUACAAGGACAUCAACAGCCCUCGGAGCCCCUCGGAACUCUUCAUCACCGCCCCGGAGUCCACCGUCACCCUUGACAGCCUCAAGGCAGACACCACUUACGAUAUCAAAAUGUGUGCCUUCACCAGCAAAGGCUCUGGCCCCUAUAGCCCCAGUGUCCAGUUCAGGACACAGCCCUUGGAUCAAGCAGUGUUUGCAAAAAAUUUUCAUGUGAAAGCUGCCAUGAAGACAGCUGUGCUCCUCACCUGGGAGAUCCCAGACAACUAUAAUGCAGCUCAGCCCUUCACAAUCCUUUAUGAUGACGGCCAGAGCGUGGAGGUGGACGGCAAGCUCACUCAGAAGCUGAUCACGGGUCUACAGCCCGAGACACAGUACUCCUUCCUGCUAACCAACCGGGGCAACAGCGCUGGGGGUCUCCAGCACCGCGUCUCCACCAUGACCGCCCCUGACAUCCUGCGCACCAAGCCCUACCUGAUUGGCAAGACCAACUUGGACGGCAAAGUCACUGUAGAACUACCCUCAGUCCAGACUUCAGAGAAAGUCAGGGGAUACUACAUAGUGGUGGUGCCUCUGAAGAAACAGCGCACAGGAAAGUUCCACAAACCCUGGGACAGUCCAGAUGAGAUGAACCUAGAAGAGCUGCUGAAAGAGAUUAACCGAACAAGCCGAGGCCUUCGCUUCCGGAGGCAAGCUGAGCCCAAAGCCUACAUCGCUGCCUACUUCAAAGACCUUCCCACCGACUUCACUCUGGGAGACACCAAGAUCUAUGGUGACUUUGAAAACAAGCAGCUCGCCAACGGCCAAGAGUACAUCUUCUUUGUGCUUGCUGUCCUCGAUAUCUCUGAAAAUACCAUGUAUGCCACAAGCCCCUACUCUGACCCUCUUGUGUCAGCUGACCUCGACCCCCAGCCAAUCAUUGACGAGGAGGAGGGACUUAUCUGGGUAGUGGGCCCAGUGCUCGCUGUUGUCUUCAUCAUCUGCAUCGUCAUCGCCAUCCUCCUGUACAAGAGCAAACCAGACAGGAAAAGGGCAGAAUCCGAAGCUAGAAAGGGAAGUCUGCCCAACAGUAAGGAGAUGCUGUCUCAUAACCCCACAGACCCUGUGGAGCUUCGACGCAUGAACUUCCAAACGCCUGGUUCAGGUGACCCUAGUUACCCCAGUAACUUCCAUUUGUCAAGCAUGGCCAACCACCCACCAAUCCCCAUUUUGGACCUGGCCGAUCAUCUGGAGCGAUUGAAAGCCAACGACAACCUGAAGUUUUCACAAGAAUAUGAGUCCAUCGACCCCGGGCAGCAGUUCACGUGGGAACACUCCAACCUGGAAGUCAACAAACCAAAGAACAGAUAUGCUAACGUGAUAGCAUAUGACCACUCUAGAGUCCUGCUAUCAGCUAUUGACGGUAUCCCUGGAAGUGAUUACAUCAACUCCAACUACAUUGACGGCUACAGGAAGCAGAAUGCGUACAUCGCCACGCAGGGCUCGCUGCCUGAGACGUUUGGCGACUUCUGGAGGAUGAUCUGGGAACAGCGGAGUGCCAACAUCGUCAUGAUGACCAAGCUGGAGGAGAGAUCCAGGGUGAAAUGUGACCAGUACUGGCCCACUAGAGGGACGGAGACCUACGGCCUCAUCCAGGUGACACUGUUGGACACGGUGGAGCUGGCCACAUACUGCGUCAGGACAUUUGCACUUUAUAAAAAUGGCUCCAGUGAGAAAAGAGAGGUGAGACAGUUCCAGUUCACGGCCUGGCCGGACCACGGGGUACCCGAGCACCCCACUCCGUUCCUGGCCUUCCUCAGACGGGUCAAAGCCUGUAACCCCCCAGACGCAGGGCCGAUGGUGGUACAUUGCAGUGCCGGGGUGGGCCGCACGGGCUGUUUCAUCGUGAUCGACGCUAUGCUGGAGCGCAUCAAGCACGAGAAGACAGUGGACAUCUACGGCCACGUGACGCUGAUGCGCGCCCAGCGGAACUACAUGGUGCAGACGGAGGACCAGUACGUGUUCAUCCACGACGCGCUCCAGGAAGCCGUCACAUGCGGCACCACCGAAGUGCCCGCCCGAAACCUCUACGCCUACAUCCAGAAGCUGACUGGGAUCGAGGGCGGAGAGAACGUCACGGGCAUGGAGCUGGAGUUCAAGCGUUUAGCCAACACUAAAGCCCAUACCUCGCGAUUCAUCAGUGCCAAUCUCCCCUGCAACAAGUUCAAGAACCGCCUUGUGAACAUAAUGCCAUACGAGUCCACGCGAGUGUGUCUUCAGCCAAUCCGAGGGGUGGAGGGCUCCGACUACAUCAAUGCCAGUUUCAUUGAUGGAUACAGGCAACAGAAAGCCUAUAUUGCCACGCAAGGGCCGCUAGCGGAGACGACAGAGGACUUCUGGAGGAUGCUCUGGGAGCAUAACUCCACCAUCGUAGUCAUGCUAACGAAGCUCAGAGAAAUGGGCAGGGAAAAAUGCCACCAGUAUUGGCCAGCAGAGAGGUCGGCCAGAUACCAGUACUUUGUGGUGGACCCCAUGGCUGAGUACAACAUGCCCCAGUACAUCCUGAGAGAGUUCAAAGUGACUGACGCCAGGGACGGACAGUCACGGACGGUAAGGCAGUUUCAGUUUACAGACUGGCCCGAGCAAGGUGUGCCAAAAUCGGGAGAGGGCUUCAUCGAUUUUAUUGGCCAAGUUCAUAAAACAAAAGAACAGUUUGGCCAAGAUGGGCCUAUAUCUGUCCAUUGUAGUGCGGGUGUGGGUAGGACCGGUGUCUUCAUCACCCUCAGCAUCGUAUUAGAGCGGAUGAGGUACGAGGGCGUGGUGGAUAUCUUCCAGACAGUGAAAAUGCUCCGGACACAGAGACCGGCCAUGGUGCAGACAGAGGAUCAAUACCAGUUCUGUUACAGAGCUGGCUUGGAAUACCUUGGAAGCUUUGACCACUAUGCAACGUAAGAGUCCCUGUCCCGGAGGAAAAGCAGAAGGCCCUUGGACAACCCCAGCGAGCCUCUCUUCUGAGCCAUAAUUUCCUGCUUGAGAAAGUACUUCUUAACUCCUAACUAAAGACUCAAUUUAGYCCUAGAUUCAAUCAGAUCAAGUGUUACCCGGCGAUAGCAGACCCCCGCAUAGCAGAUGUUCUGGCGGUGUUGAGAUG